AUGGAAGGUAACACACACGACAGAGAGACACACGUACAUCCAGAGAUUUACAUUAAAGUCUGAAAAGCACUUGCCUCUUGGGCAAGUCAGGAGUAUUUCAUUAGUUGCCCGAAGAUUAUGAUUACUUCCUCGAAAAUUUCAAUGAGCUUUUGACACGCAGAGUGCCAUGUACAGCCUGCCUAUCUCCUACACAUACAGUUGAAGUCAGAAGUUUACAUACACCUUAGCCAAAUACAUUUAAACUCAGUUUUUCACAAUUCCUGACAUUCAAUCCUAAUAAAAAUGUCCUGUCUUAGGUCAGUUAGGAUCACCACUUUAUUUUAAGAAUGUGAAAUGUCAGAAUAAUAGUAGAGAGAAUGAUUUAUUUCAGCUUUUAUUUAUUUCAUCACAUUCCCAGUGGGUCAGUAGUUUACAUACACUCAAUUAGUAUUUGGUAGCAUUGCCUUUAAAUUGUUUAACUUGGGUCAAACGUUUCGGGUAGCCUUCCACAAGCUUCCCACAAUAAGUUGGGUGAAUUUUGGCCCAUUUCUCCUGAUAGAGCUGGUGUAACUGAGUCAGGUUUGUAGGCCUCCUUGCUCGCACACGCUUUUUCAGUUCUGCCCACACAUUUUCUAUAGGAUUGAGGUCAGGUCUUUGUGAUGGCCACUCCAAUACCUUGACUUUGUUGUCCUUCAGCCAUUUUUCCACAACUUUGGAAGUAUGCUUGGGGUCAUUGUCCAUUUGGAAGACCCAUUUGCGACCAAGCUUUAACCUCCUGACUGAUGUCUUGAGAUGUUGCUUCAAUAUAUCCACAUAAUUUUCCUUCCUCAUGAUGCCAUAUAUUUUGUGAAGUGCACCAGUCCCUCCUGCAGCAAAGCACCCCCACAGCAUGAUGCUGCAACCCCUGUUAUUCACGGUUUCCUCGAAACAUAACGAUGGUCAUUAUGGCCAAACAGUUCUAUUUUUGUUUCAUCAGACCAGAGGACAUUUCUCCAGAAAGUACGAUCUUUGUCCCCAUGUGCAGUUGCAAACCGUAGUCUGGCUUUUUUAUGGCGGUUUUGGAGCAGUGGCUUCUUCCUUGCUGAGCGGCCUUUCAGGUUAUGUCGAUAUAGGACUUGUUUUACUGUGGUUAUAGAUACUUUUGUACCUGUUUCCUCCAGCAUCUUCACAAGGUCCUUUGCUGUUGUUCUGGGAUUGAUUUGCACUUUUCGCACCAAAGUACAUUAAUCUCUAGGAGACAGAAUGCGUCUCCUUCCUGAGCGGAAUGACGGCUGCGUGGUCCCAUGGUGUUUAUACUUGCGUACUAUUGUUUGUACAGAUGAACGUGGUACCUUCAGGCGUUUGGAAAUUUCUCCCAAGGAUGAACCAGACUUGUGGAGGUCUACAAUUUUUCUUUCUGAGGUCUUGGCUGAUUUCUUUUGAUUUUCCCAUGAUGUCAAGCAAAGAGGCACUGAGUUUUAAGGUAGGCCUUAAAAUACAUCCACAGGUACACCUCCAAUUGACUCAAAUGAUGUCAAUUAGCCUAUCAGAAGCUUCUAAAGUCAUGACAUCGUUUUCUGGAAUUUUCCAAGCUGUUUAAAGGCACAGUCAAAUUAGUGUAUGUAAACUUCUGACCCACUGGAAUUGUGAUACAGUGAAUUAUAAGUGAAAUAAUCUGUCUGUAAACAAUUGUUGGAAAAAUUAUUUGUGUCAUGCACAAAGUAGAUGUCCUAACCAACGUGCCAAAACUAUAGUUUGUUAACAAGAAAUUUGCGGAGUGGUUGAAAAUCGAGUUUUAAUGACUCCAACCUAAGUGUAUGUAAACUUCCAACUUCAACUGUAGGGCAGGAAUCGGAAAGAUCAGUACUGGAAUUCUUUGUAUUUUAUUUAUUUAUUAUUAGUUUAAAGAAAUCUCAGAGCAAGCUCAACUUGCCCGACUGCCUUAAAUUGUCUGUCUUUUACUUAGAUAAUGUGAAGGAAAAAAAUCACGAACCCACAUCUGCUGAUGCUCCAGAUACUCAACUAGUCUCAAGAAGGCCAGUUGUAUUGCUUCUUUAAUCAGCACAACAGUUUUCAGCUGUAAUAACAUAAUUGCAAAAGGGUUUUCUAAUGCUCAAUUAGCCUUCUAAAAUGAUAAACUUGGAUUAGCAAACACAACGUGCCAUUGGAACACAGGACUGAUGGUUGCUGAUAAUGGGCCUCUGUACGCCUAUGUAGAUAUUCCAUUAAAAAUCAGCCGUUUCCAGCAACAAUAGCCAUUCACAACAUUAACAAUGUAAAGUUACUGCUGCUCUCCCCUAUAGUAACUAUAGUAUAGUACAUCAUUAACCAUGCCAGUACAGUUAAUCUUGAAUACAGUGGGGAAAAAUGUAUUUAGUCAGCCACCAAUUGUGCAAGUUCUCCCACUUAAAAAGAUGAGAGAGGCCUGUAAUUUUCAUCAUAGGUAUACGUCAGCUAUGACAGACAAAAUGAGAAAAAAUUAUCCAGAAAAUCACAUUGUAGGAUUUUUUAUGAAUUUAUUUGCAAAUUAUGGUGGAAAAUAAGUAUUUGGUCAAUAACAAAAGUUUCUCAAUACUUUGUUAUAUACCCUUUGUUGGCAAUGACACAGGUCAAACGUUUUCUGUAAGUCUUCACAAGGUUUUCACACACUGUUGCUGGUAUUUUGGCCCAUUCCUCCAUGCAUAUAUCCUCUAGAGCAGUGAUGUUUUGGGGCUGUCGCUGAGCAACACGGACUUUCAACUCCCUCCAAAGAUUUUCUAUGGGGUUGAGAUCUGGAGACUGGCUAGGCCACUCUAGGACCUUGAAAUGCUUCUUACGAAGCCACUCCUUCGUUGCCCGGGCGGUGAGUUUGGGAUCAUUGUCAUGCUGAAAGACCCAGCCACGUUUCAUCUUCAAUGCCCUUGCUGAUGGAAGGAGGUUUUCACUCAAAAUCUCACGAUACAUGGCCCCAUUCAUUCUUUCCUUUACACGGAUCAGUCGUCCUGGUCCCUUUGCAGAAAAACAGCCCCAAAGCAUGAUGUUUCCACCCCCAUGCUUCACAGUAGGUAUGGUGUUCUUUGGAUGCAACUCAGCAUUCUUUGUCCUCCAAACACGACGAGUUGAGUUUUUACCAAAAAGUUCUAUUUUGGUUUCAUCUGACCAUAUGACAUUCUCCCAAUCCUCUUCUGGAUCAUCCAAAUGCACUCUAGCAAACUUCAGACGGGCCUGGACAUGUACUGGCUUAAGCAGGGGGACACGUCUGGCACUGCAGGAUUUGAGUCCCUGGCGGCGUAGUGUGUUACUGAUGGUAGGCUUUGUUACUUUGGUCCCAGCUCUCUGCAGGUCAUUCACUAGGUCCCCCCGUGUGGUUCUGGGAUUUUUGCUCACCGUUCUUGUGAUCAUUUUGACCCCACGUGGUGAGAUCUUGCGUGGAGCCCCAGAUCGAGGGAGAUUAUCAGUGGUCUUGUAUGUCUUCCAAUUUCCUAAACAAUUGCUCCCAACAGUGGAUUUCUUCAAAAACCAAGCUGACUUACCUUAUUGUAAGAUUCAGUCUUCCCAGCUGGGUGCAGGUCUACAAUUUUGUUUCGGUGUCCUGUGACAGCUCUUUGGUCUUAGGCCAUAGUUGGGGUUGGUGAUGUGUGACUGUUUGAGGUUGGUGGACAGGUUGUACUUUUAUCUGAUAACAAGUUCAAACAGGGUGACAUUAAUACCGGUUGGUAAGGUGGAGGACAGAGGGAGCCUCUAAAGAAGAAGUUACAGGUCUGUGAGAGCCAGAAAUCUUGCUUGUUUUAGGUGACCAAACUUACUUUUUUUUUUUACCACCAUUAAUUUGCAAAUAAAUUCAUUAAAAAUUCCGGGAAGGGGGUUUUGGGGAGGGGGGGGGGGGGGGUUUGGGGGUUUUUUGAAGUGUUUUUCCCGUGUUUUUGGGUUUUUUUCCCCCCGGGGUGAACCCCCAAUUUUUUUUUCCUUUUACACCUUUUUCCCCAAAAAAAAAAAAACUUUUAAAAUUUUUUUUUAAAAAAAGCAAACGGGGGAUUUUGGUGGGGGGGAGGAUCUUGGGUUGGUUGGGGGGCCGCUGUUUUUGGGUCCAAUUUAUUUUUUUGUUUUUCAAAAACCAAAAAAACCCAAAAAAAAAACCAAAAAAAACACCAGAAAAAACCCCCCCAAAAAAAGGGGGAAAAAUCCCAAGGGGGCAAAAAACAAAAAAAAAGGAAAAACAUUUUUUCCCAAACCCAAACAAAACAAAACCAAAAAAACCACCAAAAAACAUUUUACAAAUUUUUUUUUACAACCCCCCCAAAAAAAACCCAAAACCCCCCCCCCCUUUCCCCCCCCAAAAAAACCCCCCCCACCCCAUAUAUAUAUAUAUAUAUAUAUAUAUACAAAAGGGAUGUAACCCUUUUAAGAGCGAGGUGUAACCUCUACACAAUACGAGACCCAUAAACAACAAGAGCACAAUACAUGGUACUCACGAGACCAACGGACAUGGGUGUGAUGAGUGUGAUGGAAGGAGUCAGGCGCAGGAGGGUAAUCACCGAAUACAGAGUUUAUUCCUUCGUUACACAAAAUACGCUGGAAAUAGCGACAAACGAAACAGGCACAGGGAAAACUCUCUACCCUGGCAAUACACUGUAACGGUAUCUCCAUACAAUUCAUAGGCACAGGGGAAAUAUCUACCCUGGCAACAAAAUGGUAUGAGUAGCUCCACCGAGCUACGCUACUCUCACAUACAAACAAUGACUCACAAGGACAAGGCGGCAGAGGGAACACUUAUACACGGACUAAUGAGGGGAUUAGAACCAGGUGUGUGGGAUUGACAAGACAAGACAAAUGUGAUUAUGAUAAUUGGGGCGGCAGUGGUUAGUAAGCCGGUGACGACGAAUGCCAAAGCCUGCCCGAACAAGGAGGGGAGGCAGCCUCGGUGGAAGUUGUGACAGUACCCCCCCCCCCCCCCCUUGAUGCGCAGCUCCAGCAGCACGCCUACCCCGGCCUCGGGAACAGCCAGGAGGACGCGGAGCAGGGCGAGCCGGAUGGCGACGGUGGAAAUCCCGCCACAGGGAGGGAUCGAGGAUAUCCCUCACCGGGACCCAGCACCGUUCUUCCGGACCGUACCCCUCCCACUCCACGAGGUACUGAAGGCCCCCCACCCGACGUCUCGAAUCCAGGAUGGAGCGCCGGGGCCCCCUCAAUGUCCAGAAGAGGUGGAGGAACCUCCCGUACCUCAGACUCCUGGAGCGGACCAAACACCACCGGCCUGAGGAGAGACACAUGAAACGAGGGGUUAAUACGGUAAUCAGGGAGAGUAACAACCUAUAAGUGACCUCGUUUAUCCUCCUCAGGACUUUGAACGGCCCCACAAACCGCGGGCUCAGCUUCCGGCAGGGCAGGCGGAGGGCCAGAUUCCGGGUCGAGAGCCAGACCCGAUCCCCCGCUACGAAGACUGGGGCCUCACUGCGGUGAUGGUCAGCGUUGGGCUUCUGACGACACACGGCACGCUGGAGCCUCGGUCUGGCUCUGGUGCCACGGUGCCAGAACCUGUUGGUAACCUAAAAUACAUUGGAAAGGUGUUAGGUUAGUAGAGGAGUGGCGGAGAGAGUUCUGGGCAUAUUCUGCCCAUGGCAAGAAUACCGACCACUCGUUGUGGAACUGGUAAAGGUUGUAACUUACCCGCUGGGAGGUGCCUAGGUGCUUUACUCUGGGCGCACACCGAGCAGGAGGAGACGUACACCCUCACGUCCUUAGCCAAGGUAGGCCACCAGUACCUUCCGAUCAAGCAGCGCACUGUACGACCGAUACCUGGGUGACCAGAGGAGGGUGAUGUGUGUGCCCAGAAGAUCAGACGAUCACGGAUAAGAGCAGGCACGUACCGCAGUCCAGCUGGACACUGAGGUGGAGAUGGAUCUGUGCGUAAUGCCUGCUCUAUAUCUGCGUCCAUCGCCCAUACUACCGGCGCCACGAUGCAGGAGGCCGGGAGUAUGGGGGUGUUGUCUCUGGGCCUCUCCUCUGUGUCAUACAGCCGGGACAGUGCGUCUGCCUUCACGUUCUUCGCACCCGGAAUGUAUGAUAGUGUAAAAUCAAACCAGGUGAAGAAUAGGGCCCACCUGGCCUGGCGAGGAUUCAGCCUCCUCACUGCCCAGAUGUACUCCAGGUUACGGUGGUCCAUCCAGACGAGGAAAGGGUGUUUCACCCCUUCGAGCCAAUGCCUCCACAUGGUCAAAGCUCGGACAACAGCCAACAGCUCCUGAUCACCAGCGUUGAAGUUCUGCUCCACCGGCCUGAGCUUCUUAGAGAAGAAGGCACAGGGGCGGAGCUUGGGUGGGCGUGCCCGAGCGUUGGGACAGGACAGUGCCUAUCCCUACUCGGACGCAUCCACCUCCACUACGAACGGUAGUGAUGGAUCGGGGUGGGCCAGUACCGGGGCUGAGGUGAACAGACCCCGCAGUCUCCUGAAGGCCAGGUCAGCCUCAGCAGACCAGCGGAGCCAGGAUGGCCCACCCUUCAACAGGGAUGUAAUGGGAUCUGUGACCUUGCCAAAGCCCCGGAUAAACCUCUGAUAGUAGUUGGCAAAGCAAAGGAAGUGCUCACCUCCUUAACUGUGGUUGGAGUCGGCCAAUUACGCACGGCUGAAAUGCGAUCUCCCUCCAUCUCCACACAUGAGGUGGUAAUGCGGUAUCCAAGGAAGGAGACGGACUGCUGGAAAAACAUAUACUUCUCUGCCUUGGCAUCAAGGUCAUUUUCCAAUGGUCGGGCCAGCACUUUGCCAACCAGGGACACAUGCUCGGCGCACGUAGCGGAAUACACUAGGAUGUCAUCGAUGUAGACCACCACACCAUGACCAAGCAUGUCCCGAAAGACCUCAUUCACAAAAGACUGGAAGACGGAUGGAGCAUUCAUCAAACCGUAGGGCAUCACCAGGUAUUCAUAAUGCCCCGUGGUUGUGCUGAAUGCUGUCUUCCACUCAUCCCCCUCCCGAACACGCACCAGGUUGUAUGCACUCCUGAGAUCUAGCUUAGUGAAGAAGCGCGCCCCAUGCAUUGACUCAAUCACUGAAGGAAUGAGGGGGAGAUGAUAACUACAUCUUAUCGUCUCCUUGUUCAGUGAUCGAUAAUCAAUGCACGGGCGCAGACCGCCGUCUUUCUUCUUCACAAAGAAGAAACUUGAGGAGGCGGGUGAAAUGGAGGGACGUAUAUACCCCUGGCCCAGGGACUCGGUGACGUAUGUUUCCAUAGCCUCUGUUUCAGCCUGCGACAGGGGGUACACAUGACUCCUGGAAGGUACUGCGUCUACCCGAAGGUUUAUCGCGCAAUCCCCCGCCCGUUGAGGUGGUAAUUUUGUCGCCUGCGUCUUAGAAAACGCGUGCGCCAGAUCGAGGUAUUCGGGGGGAAUGCGCAUGGUGGAGGUACCGUCUGGACUUUCCACCGUGGUUGCACCAACGGAAACACCUAGACACCUAAUCUGACACUCUCGCGACCACCCCGUGAGAACCUUCUGCGGCCAUGAGAAGGUGGGGUUGUGGAGUGCUAGCCAAGGGAUACAUAAUACCACAGGGAAAGCAGGAGACUCAAUAAUAGAAAAAAUUACCUGCUCACAAUGUGUCUCCUGGGUGAUCAUGGUGACUGGUAUAGUGACUUCCGUAACAAACCCAGACCCUAAUGGUCGACUAUCAAGCGCUCUGAUGGGGAGUGGAAUGGAUAGGGGAACCAAUGAAAUGCCUUGACAGCAUGUGAAUCCCCUGUCCAUAAAGUUCCCAGCUGCGCCUGAAUUGACUAGCGCCUUACACUGGGGAACUUCCAUGUGAUCGGGAAAGUGGAUAGGUAGGGUACAGUGUGCAGCAGAGGGCUCUGAACAAGUGUGGGUGUUCGAUACCUGGGGUGAUGCGAGAGUGCCCUGCCUGCCGCCUCCAGGUCCAAAAGAGCGUUGACGACGACGUGUGGUGUACUGUCCCUUCGUGCCACCAGUGUGGCACUGUCGCUGUCUUCCUCCGCUCUCUCGGACGGCGGCUCCACCCAGCUCCAUCAGCUUGGGAUCCGAGUCGUCCGGGGUGGAAACGGGCAGACCCCUACCAGGACGUCCUCUGGCUGCCAGCAGGUUGUCCAAAUGAAUGGCCAUGUCCACCAGUCUCGUGAAGGACAACAUGGUGUCCCGGCAGGCUAGCUCCCGUCAGACGUCCUCCCGCAGAUGGCACCGGAAAUGGUCAAUCAGGGCCCGCUCGUUCCACCCGGACCCCGCUGCCAGAGUCCGAAACUCCAAUGCGAAGUCUUGCGCGGUCCUCGUCCCCUGCCUCAGGUGGACCAGCUGCUCGCACGCAUCUCGACCCUCGGGCGGGUGAUCGAAGACCGCCCGGAAGAGGCGAGCGAACUCCCCGUAGUCCUCCAACGCGUCUCCUCCUUCGUUCCACCCCGCGUUGGCCCACUCCAGGGCUUUCCCCGAGAGGCAGGAAACGAGGACGGACACCUUCUCCCGCUCCGAUGGGGCCGGCCUGAUGCUGGAGAAGUAGAGCUCCAGUUGGAGGAGGAAUCCUUGGCAGAGCGCCGCCGCCCCGUCGAACGCCUGUGGUCGGGAUAUCUGGAUCCCUCCGGGUGCUGGGGUGUAGGUGGCUGGAUCCGGUUGACCAGCUGGUCUCGACAGAUCGGGUCCUGUCCUCUCCAGGCGUUGGAUGACCUGAAGAACCCGAUCCAUCGCUUCCCCCAAGCUGGCCAGCAUCGUGGAAUGCUCCUGGACUUUGUUGUGUGUGAGAAACUGACCACUCCUCUCAUCUUUCUCUGUUCUCUGUUCUCUGUUCUCUGUCCUCUUUCGCUGUCCUCUGUCCUCUGUCCUCUGUCCUCUGUCCUCUGUCCUCUGUCCUCUGUCCUCUGUCCUCUGUCCUCUGUCCUCUUUCUCUGUCCUCUGUCCUCUGUCCUCUGUCCUCUUUCUCUGUUCUCUGUCCUCUGUUCUCUGUUGUCAUGACUAUCCCUGGGUGAGGAUCAAAGGCCUCAUAUCAGCUUGGCAAAUGGCCGACAACAACCAGAUCCUCUUACCCACAGGGGGGGGCUGUGCCGGUCUUGACACCUUAAUACUGCCAUUAAUUAGACAUAGGAGAAUCUAUCUCUGGCCCUCUAGAAUGGUGAAAGGAAUGUCCUUUGUUUCAGAGACUUUUGCCGCCCAAAAACUUCAACAUCCAACAAUGAACAUUGGGACAAUAUAUUUAAACAUCCAAACAUUGGGAAUGAUGAGAAAUGGAAUAUUGAAAAUGUAUGUAAAGGCGUUAUAACGAAAACAUUGUGACUUGAAGAGCUUUUCCACUGUGUAUAUCAGAUUUACAUCAUUUACCUUGUGUAGAAAAUAUCAAGGAGGAAGACAAUGUUUUGGUGAAGAUAGGAAUGUGAUUUUAGCUUUCUAACAAAAUCAUAGUGAUAAUAAUACUUUUGCCUCGUAACUAGCCACGCCCGAGGGAGCUCAGAGAGUGUGUCAGUAUGACGGAAACGCCCCUCUUUACCAGAGUCUAUAAAAGAUUGACAUAAGAAUAAUCAGAUCAGACUAGACGGACCUCAAGCUGCAGCUGUUGUCCAUAUUGGUCCCGACCCUGAAAAUCAACACGAGGUGAAGACGACAAAGUUGCCUCCACUAACAAUCAAUGUUACGGCUGAGUAGCUGUUCUAAGUACUGUAUCUAAGAAGGUGAAUUGAAGUGGGACCAUCCUGUUACUCUCUUCAAACCAUCGUCUACUACACUGCUCUCAUCACCCCACAGGGGAUCAUCGACACGGCUGAUUAGCCGUCCUCAGAAGACCACUUCCAGAACGAGUGAAAGUAAACAGAAGACUAAGAAGAAGGACAUUGUGACCUCUUGUGGACAAUCGGAGCCUUACAUCUAAAAGGCCAUCCGAAAGAGAAGACCCAAUAGAACCCUUCCCACGAAGGCCUGGGUCCAACAGAGACGACGAAGACAAACACGUAAAUACAUGCAUUACUUCUUACCAAACGGGCGGCAGUUCUGGGUAGUAUUAGUAUUAUAGUCCCGUGUAGCUCAGUUGGUAUAGCAUGGCGUUUGCAACGCCAGGGUUGUGGGUUCGAUUCCCAUGGGGGACCAGUAUGAAAAUGUAUGCACUCACUAACUGUAAAUCCCUCUGGAUAAGAGCGUCUGCUAAAUGACUAAAAUGUAUAAUAUUAGGAUUACUAUGAGCGUAGGUCCAUGUGUAUCCGAGUGUUUUUCUCUCGCAAUCUUUUGAAACAAGUGCCAUAUUGUGUUAGUCCGCUAGGGACCCAUUUUCAUUGUAUUAAGUUUCUAAUCCCUACCUAUACCGUCUAAGUGUUUCUAUCUUGUGUUAUCAUUUUUAAUUAGUUAGUAAAUAAAUAAUUACAUCAAUUUUUGUGGUACGGAAUGAUCAGUAAGACCCGGGUUCGUGCAGACUUAAAGAGUCAACGACUUUCAGAAUGAGACUGAUAUGAGGUACAUUAUUAAUAAAUGACUGUUAAAUGAUAAGAGAUAUCUAGAUAUCUUUAGAGUUAAUUCGGGAAAUGGUAACUCGUUAAACAACUUUUCCCGUGGUGCGCCAAAUUCCUAAUGAGUUAAUUGUUACAUGAUAAAUGUAAUCUAGUAACAAUUAAACAUACUAGGUAAUUAUUCGAUAAAUAAUAGUCACCACAAUAAUGAAAGUCACGUCACGACACUGUCCUCUGUCCUCUUUCUCUGUCCUCUUUCUCUGUCCUCUUUCUCUGUUCUCUGUCCUCUGUUCUCUGUCCUCUGUUCUCUGUCCUCUGUUCUCUGUUAUCUGUUCUCUGUCCUAUGUCCUCUUUCUCUGUUCUCUGUUCUCUAUUCUCUAUUCUCUGUUCUCUGUCCUCUGUCCUCUUUCCUUUGUUCUCUCUCUCUCUCUCUCUCUCUCUCUCUCUCUCUCUCUCUCUUUCUCUCUCUCUCUCUCUCUCUCUCUCUCUCUCUCUCUCUCUCUCUCUCUCUCUCUCUCUCUCUCUCUUUCUUUCUCCAGGUGUGGACUGGGUGUUGCUGAGUGGUUGUUAUGUGUAGAUGGAUGGAGAGAUCUGUUCAUCAGGCGGGGAGUCGGAGAGAGACUCAUACUGAGGAAAGAGAGAGGCACUCUCCCUGCUAAAUAACUGGUGAGGAGGGAGGACUGGAGAGAGGUACUAUCACUGCUAAAUAACUGGUGAGAAGGGAGGACUGACGAGAUGCACUCUCACUGGUGAAGAACUGGUGAGAAGGGAGGACUGACGAGAUGCACUCUCACUGGUGAAGAACUGGUGAGAAGGGAGGACUGACGAGAUGCACUCUCACUGGUGAAGAACUGGUGAGGAGGGAGGACUGGUGAGUGGGAUAAAUGGAGAGAUGGAGGAGUGGACACCCCUAUGAACACAGGACGUACAGUGAGGGAAAAAAGUAUUUGAUCCCCUGCUGAUUUUGUAAGUUUGCCCACUGACAAAGACAUGAUCAGUCCAUAAUUUUAAUGGUAGGUUUAUUUGAACGGUGAGAGACAGAAUAACAACAAACAAAUCCAGAAAAACACAUGUCAAAAAUGUUAAAAAUUGAUUUUCAUUUUAAUGAGGGAAAUAAGUAUUUGGCCACCAGGUUUGCACACAUCUCAGGAGGGAUUUUGUUCCACUCCUCUUUGCAGAUCUUCUCCAAGUCAUUAAGGUUUCGAGGCUGACGUUUGGCAACUCGAACCUUCAGCUCCCUCCACAGAUUUUCUAUGGGAUUAAAGUCUGGAAACUGGCUAGGCCACUCCAGGACCUUAAUGUGCUUCUUCUUGAGCCACUUCUUUGUUGCCUUGGCCGUGUUAUGGGUCAUUGUCAUGCUGGAAUACCCAUCCACAACCCAUUUUCAAUGCCCUGGCUGAGGGAAGGAGGUUCUCACCCAAGAUAUGACGGUACAUGGCCCCAUCUAUCGUCCCUUUGAUGCGGUGAAGUUGUCCUGUCCCCUUAGCAGAAAAACACCCCCAAAGCAUAAUGUUUACACCUCCAUGUUUGACGGUGGGGAUGGUGUUCUUGGGGUUAUAGGCAGCAUUCCUCCUCCUCCAAACACGGCGAGUUGAGUAGAUGCCAAAGAGCUCGAUUUUGGUCUCAUCUGACCACAACACUUUCACCCAUUUCUCCUCUGAAUCAUUCAGAUGUUCAUUGGCAAACUUCAGACGGCCCUGUAUAUGUGCUUUCUUGAGCAGGGGGACCUUGCGGGCGCUGCAGGAUUUCAGUCCUUCACAGCGUAGUGUGUUACCAAUUGUUUUCUUGGUGACUAUGGUCCCAGCUGCCUUGGGAUCAUUGACAAGAUCCUCCCAUGUAGUUCUGGGCUGAUUCCUCACCGUUCUCAUGAUCAUUGCAACUCCACAAGGUGAGAUCUUGCAUGGAGCCCCAGGCCGAGGGAGAUUGACAGGUCUUUUGUGUUUCUUCCAUUUGCGAAUGAUCGCACCAACUGUUGUCACCUUCUCACCAAGCUGCUUGGCGAUGGUCUUGUAGCCCAUUCCAGCCUUGUGUAGGUCUACAAUCCUGUCACUGACAUCCUUGGAGAGCUCUUUGGUCUUGGCCUUGGUGGAGAGUUUGGAAUCUGAUUGAUUGAUUGCUUCUGUGGACAGGUGUCUUUUAUACAGGUAACAAGCUGAGAUUAGGAGCACUCCCUUUAAGAGUGUGCUCCUAAUCUCAGCUCGUUACCUGUAUAAAAGACAGCUGGGAGACAGAAAUCUUUCUGAUUGAGAGGGGGUCAAAUACUUAUUUCCCUCAUUAAAAUGCAAAUCAUUUUAUAACAUUUUUGACUUGCGUUUUCUGGAUUUUUUUUGUUGUUAUUCUGUCUCUCACUGUUCAAAUAAACCUACCAUUAAAAAUUAUAGACUGAUAAUUUCUUUGUCAGUGGGCAAAAGUACAAAAUCAACAGGGGAUCAAAUACUUUUUUCCCUCACUGUAUAAGUUAAAAGAUUUAGUGUUAACUGACACAAUAUUGACUGGUUGCCUAGUGACCUUGAGCCGGUUAGAAUCCACCAGAAUGUCUGGGUGGUAUUUACCAGUACAUCAGAGGUCCUGUUUGUGAUGUGAUGACUGGCUAGGGGCUAAGGCUAGAAUAGUCUAUGGAUGAUAAACCGAUUCCACACAUAGUGCUCUGGUCAAAAGUAUCAUAUGGACAGGAUGUCAUUGAGACACGCAUCAGCAGCAAUGACUAUUGACUAAGGCUAAAGUAAUCUAUGAACGCCUUAGAGAUGAACAUAACAUAGGACUGUUUCCAAGGCAUGAUUGAUCUUCCCAUGCUUAAUGGAUGGACAUGCCUCAGAGGUGACUGAUGUAAAUCACUCUUGUAGGCGAUGGAUUAAUAAUGUCUGUUUUAGAUCCUGGGGAGGAAACAAAUCUUCAAUGGUAUUCAUCAGUGAGUCAUUUCAAAGCGUCAUCAUUCUUAUGUGGUGAAAUCUAUUUAAUGAUUUCGUCUGGUGCAACCCAGCCCCCCCAAACACAACUACCUACCUCCUCUGUUUUGGCCGAGUCACUCACAGGUCCACAUAUCUGAGAUUGACUAUCUCUCUUCUCUCUCUUUACCUCUAUCCCCUGUCCUUGUUUCUCUCUCUCCCCUCCAUUUUCCCCUCUCGCCCAGGCCUCCAGUCCGUGGGCCAUGGAGAGUUGUGGCCGUGAGGAGCAGGCAGGGCCGGAGGACCAGAGGAGGUCCUACCCCAGCAAAGAGCUCCUCUCACUGGUCACGGCUCAGCUGCCUGAUCCUGUCCUCGUGGAGCAGGGACAAACCCUAAUGGAGCUACUGAAGACCAACUGGAACACUGGGUAGCACUCCUCUCCUCCUCUGUCACACUGGACAACUGGGUAACACUCCUCUCCUCCUCUGUCACACUGGACAACUGGGUAACUCAGUCCUCUCCUCCUCUGUCACACUGGAACACUGGGUAACUCAGUCCUCUCCUCCUCUGUCACACUGGAACACUGGGUAACACUCCUCUCCUCCUCUGUCACACUGGAACACUGGGUAACUCAGUCCUCUCCUCCUCUGUCACACUGGACAACUGGGUAACUCAGUCCUCUCCUCCUCUGUCACACUGGAACACUGGGUAACUCAGUCCUCUCCUCCUCUGUCACACUGGAACACUGGGUAACACUCCUCUCCUCCUCUGUCACACUGGAACACUGGGUAACUCAGUCCUCUCCUCCUCUGUCACAAUGGAACACUGGGUAACUCAGUCCUCUCCUCCUCUGUCACACUGGAACACUGGGUAGCACUCCUCUCCUCCUCUGUCACACUGGAACACUGGGUAACUCAGUCCUCUCCUCCUCUGUCAAACUGGAACACUGGGUAGCACUCCUCUCCUCCUCUUUCACACUGGACAACUGGGUAACUCAGUCCUCUCCUCCUCUGUCACACUGGAACACUGGGUAACACUCCUCUCCUCCUCUGUCACACUGGAACACUGGGUAACACUCCUCUCCUCCUCUGUCACACUGGAACACUGGGUAAUUCAGUCCUCUCCUUCUCUGUCACACUGGAACACUGGGUAACUCAGUCCUCUCCUCCUCUGUCACAUUGGAACACUGGGUAACUCAGUCCCCUCCUCCUCUGUCACACUGGAACACUGGGUAACUCAGUCCUCUCCUUCUCUGUCACACUGGAACACUGGGUAACUCAGUCCUCUCCUUCUCUGUCACACUGGAACACUGGGUAACACUCCUCUCCGCCUCUGUCACACUGGAACACCGGGUAACUCAGUCCUCUCCUCCUCUGUCACACUGGAACACUGGGUAACACUCAUCUCCUCCUCUGUCACACUGGAACACUGGGUAACUCAGUCCUCUCCUCCUCUGUCACACUGGAACACUGGGUAACUCAGUCCUCUCCUUCUCUGUCACACUGGAACACUGGGUAACACUCCUCUCCGCCUCUGUCACACUGGAACACCGGGUAACUCAGUCCUCUCCUCCUCUGUCACACUGGAACACUGGGUAAUUCAGUCCUCUCCUUCUCUGUCACACUGGAACACUGGGUAACUCUCAUCUCCUCCUCUGUCACACUGGAACACUGGGUAACUCAGUCCUCUCCUCCUCUGUCACACUGGAACACUGGGUAACUCAGUCCUCUCCUCCUCUGUCACACUGGAACACUGGG